AUGUCAAUACGCGCACCGGCUCGCCCAGCUCUGUGGGCAACAGUCCUGCGGGGCUCUCUCUCAGUCUCUCCUCACCGCCAGCCCUCUUCAAGACCCCUCAGCUCUCUUCGAAUCCCCUCGGCGCCGCCUACGCCCCAGCGACUCGUGGCUCAUUCCUCUCCCGGCAGCUCACUCGACGCAUCUGAACGAUCACGCCUUCAGCUGCCUCUGGCCAAAGACGGAGGGCAACGGUAUCGCCUCAUUAGGUCGUUUUUCGCUGGCGUAGCACGCUCGCACCAGCCAAGAUCUGCAGCUUCGCACCUCGGCAUUCGCUGGCAUGGUGGACUUACCGCUGUCGGCCCAGCGGCCUCGUCCGUCCGCUGCUUCAGCUCGAGCUCCACCAGCGCAGAAGAGGGCAGGUCGGACAAAUCAAAGCAUGACGCCACAGACGGCGUAGUGAAAGGCCAAGAGGAGCUCGACUCGUCCUCCGAUCCGCGGUCAGCGGCCGCACCAGCAAGAGAUCGACCUCCAGCAGACAGAGAGCCAGCUGAAGCUCGAGGCGAGGGUCAGGAUCAUGAGCUGACAACCACCGAUCGGGCCUACAAGCACUUCCAAAACUAUCCGCGGUCCCUGCGGGAGCUGGCGAUGCGAGCAAUCCCGCAUGUUCCGGCCGGCCAGGGCUCAAAGACGGGCGAUGAGCAGGGCAGUCAUGGCCAGCACCCCUCGUCGUGGACGAGACCUCAGAAAGAGGACCUGCUUCGCAUCGCCCACGGCUUUUGGACGCGGAUGCGCAUCCGGUUCAAGUGGUUCACCAUCCGCGGUUUCCGUCGGUUCAAUGCCGACGACAUCAGCGCGUUCUUCACGCUGGGCGGCGUCACCACCAUCUUUUUUGUCAUCGUCGGCACGACCACCUUUUUCUCGCUGAUCUUUGCUGCGCUAAAUGCGCUCAACCUGCAGAGCUGGAUUGCGAGGAAGAUCGCCGACUACCUCACUGCCGAGACGGGCGUCACCGUGGUGUUCGAGAGCGCCAUCGUGCCCAAGUGGAAAGACAGCCGGAUCAGCUUCAAAAACGUCUUCAUCUCGCGCCGGGCCCACACUGAUGCCGAAGCCCUGCGUCGCGAGAGGCGGGCCAAGAUGAGGGACGAGGCCCUGCGCGGACAGCUGCCGUACAAGCGGGUCAGGCGCCGCACCGGCAUCACCGCGGGCGAUGGCAUGUCCUGGGAGGGGACCCACUACGACGAGGAGGAGGAGGUUGCGCCGCCCAUGAGCGACGAGGCCCGCGGCGAGGAUCUGGUCGAGGACGAUACGGUCAACACAAACUUCAGCAUGUUCGAUCUCCAGGUGGACUCGAUCGACGUCACGCUGAGCCUGUCGCGGUGGUUCGACGGCAAGGGACUGAUCGAGGACGCCGUAGUCAAGGGCGUCCGAGGCAUCGUCGACCGUCGGAACGUAUUCUGGGACCCGGCGAAGCCGUACGACCCUCGCGCCGCACGCCGAGAGGCGAGGCAUGGCGACUUUGAGCUCGAGUCGCUGUUGAUCGAGGACUUCCUCGUGACCAUCUACCAGCCCAACGACUUCCGCCCCUUCAACUUCAGCAUCUUCAACGCGCGCAUCCCGAAGCUGAGGAAGCAGUGGCUCUUCUACGACCUACUCAGCGCCGAGUCGAUCACGGGACAGAUCGACGGGUGUCUGUUCAGCCUGCACAAGCCGCAGAGCAUCGGGCGCACAGUGGAGAAGGACAAGGAAAUGAUCCACAACAAGUGGAAGUCGAUGUCGCGACUGCGCAUCGACGGAGUCAGCUUCGACCACAUCCAGGCCCAGUCUGAGCUGACGGGUCCCGUCUCCUGGAUCCUCUCCGGAAAGUUCGAUGUCGUGGCUGACAUCAAGUUCCCGCGCGACUUCAACGACGACAUGGACAUCAACACGAUCAUUGCCGAGAUCCUCGACAACAUCAGCGCCGCCGUGUCCGGCGAAGCCUUCAAAGACGAAGAGGAGCAGGACCGUCCUAUUCCGGGCCAGCAUCGGCUGAGCGGUCCGGCCAUCGAGGCGCCCGUGACGACCGUCGGGCCCACGGCGGAUCGGAUGAGGAAGGAAAACGAGGAAGCCAGGCGGCAGGGCAAGCCGAGCCGCGCUGCGACCGAGGGCGACCACGAGAGCCAGCAGGGAGAAGAUGCCGAGACGACGGAGAAGCGCGAGCAGAAGCUGGCCAUCCCGCCACCAUCGGUCGUCAUCGACAUGGACGUUCGGUUCAAGGACAUCAAGGCGGCCGUCCCGCUCUUCACCAACGAGCUCAGCUACAAGACCAACGCGUUUGUCCGGCCCAUUGUGGCAUUCAUGAACGCCAACAAGACGCUGAUCCCGGUUCGGUGCAGGAUCGUCGUCGAUCUGAGCGAGUUCGACGGCUCCAUGGACCUGGCACAGACCGGUCUCCUCCCCGUCGUCUCGGACAAGAUCUACGAGGCGCUGGCAAACCACGUCGCUUCGGAAAACGCGAGUACCAAGCGCCUGCGCAACGUCAGCCUCUGGAGCCUGCAGGUGACGGCCAAUGCGGCGCUCAACCUCGUCACGCUGCUGCGCGACACGCUGGUCCGGUCGGCGGCCACCUCGCCCCUCGUGGCCUCCAAGGCCUAG